CAAAGGCUCCUGACCACCGAUACACCCAUACCAUCAAUAGAACCACGACGAAGACUGAGCUGCCGUCAGUACCUUAUCCUCCGCCAUCAUGACGAGAUCGAAUCUGGCGAUGGUUUGGUCCACCAUCUCGGUCUCUCUACUGGUCAUCCUUGUCAUCGCCGACCGGGCAUCCUCCCUUCGCCUAGGCAAGCCAGCCACCACUGCCGGCCUGUCCUCCGCCACAGCGAAUCGCUUCCCAGAGGACCUGCUAGCACAGCCAGCAUACAAGGUGGUAUUCGAGCAGCGUACAAUAGCCAACACAUCGGCACAGCGUCUCCUCUCACGUAGCGCAAGCGCCAAUGGAACCAGCAGCAGUGGGGACCUCGACCUCGAUGCCGUAGGAUCGGGAUACAGCCUCCCCUCAGGCCCUCAUCAUGCUUCCAGGCACUUCAUGAUGCACUCCUCGCCUACAUCGGCGCAUCUCUGCUCGCUCACCCAGCCUUCUGCCAACAUCACCUAUCCUUCCCGGCUGGCCCUCUCGCCCGCUAAUCUCCUAGCGCAGAGACAUCGGGUCAUCAACUCUGGUCUGUCUCUCCUAGCUCCGCUCCAAGGGACCUGUCUCUACUAUACCCUUGAUUGGUUCACCUAUAGCCUCUGCUUCGGAGAGGCGAUCAAGCAAUUCAGAGCAGCAGGCAAGACCGUCGGUCCGGGACGGGUCCCCACUCCUGACCCCACACAGGACGCCUACGUCCUCGGGCGAUGGAGGGAUCAGCUUCAAAUCGUGGGAGGGGAGCUGUACAGCAACGCCCUUGCAAAGGCAGCGGAGCGAGCAGACGGCGUACCUAGCGAGGAAAGAAUACAAGAGCUAGCCUCGUCCCUUGGUAUCACACGCGAGGAAGCAUUGAGCUCCACUCUCUCACCUUCGGCAGACCAUCGACUGUCCGACCUCCUGGAUGCUCAAGACUCGGGAAGCGGAACAGAGUUGAUGCAGGUCAUCCGCUUCUCUUCAACGGCUUCUUCACCAGAUCUGGAGCAGCGCUACCUCUCCCAAGUUUGGUCAGACGGUACGCGCUGCGACAUCAACAACGAGCAUCGCUCCGUCGAGGUCCAGUACCACUGCGAGCCCGGAUUGGCCACGUCACGUAUUGCCCUGAUCAAGGAGACGACGACGUGCAACUACAUACUCAUUGUCGAGACACCACUCACCUGCAAGGAAGAGCAAUUACGAGUGGGCAAGGACAAGAGGACAGAAAGUGCUAGGAUGGGAGAGUGGAGGUGUAGACGGGUGGUCGAGGAUGGAGAAGAGGGCACUGUCGAAAGUGCUUCGUCCACAGCAAGCGGUAAUGCCGAGUCUAUUGCAGGUCAGACUUCAAGUGCUUCGGCUCAAGUCCCACCGUCGAGCGGGCAAGACGGCCGAAGUGAAAAGUUCUUCGCCGCGGGAAUAGACGAGCAGGGGAACAUCCUUGUGGAAGGCAUUGAGCCAUGGGAGGCGCAGCUCCUCGGCAUGGCUCAAGACGGCGCAGCUGCAGUCGACGGCAGGGACGCAGCUGCACUUGGCCUCGGUGAGAACCUGGAAAUCCUCUUCGGUGGCGGUUUGCGAGAUGGAGAAGGCGGUGCAGGGAUGCUGAACAUGGAUCUAGGAGAGAUUCUUGGAGCAGGAGAGCCCAUUGAGCUUCGCCUCGAUCUGGAAGACCUGGAGCUCCUUACCGGUCAGCAACCACGCGGCGGCGGCGGCGGCGGUGGUGGUCCUCAGCACGACGGGGAUUUCCUUGGUCUUCGCGCCGAGGACCUUCAAGGCGUCAUUGCCCGUGCCCUCGAAGCAGAACUCAACAAGCUCAAGGGAGUCAAAGAGCGCAGAGCCGACCAGCCUCCAGGCGAGCAGAAGCAAAAUGACGAGGACAAGUCGAACAAGCAGGCAUCGAAGGAGCAGAAAGCGUUGAAUGCCAGACUGGACAAGAUUACUGAAGCCCUCCUGGCUGCAGCGGACAAGGAGCGCAAUGCUCCAGCCUCGACUCCGCAGGAGGGUGCGCAAGUUCAAAAGGACGGCACUACGGGCUCUGCGAUGGCCAAGCGGGAAGAGAUUGUACAGCGCAUGGCCGAGCAACGUGCUGCCCGUGUACGGGAAGCGCAGAGGAAGACAGAGGCACUCUUGGCGUCAUCUGCACAACCAGGUCAGGUGGAAGAUCAAAAGGCAGUAGGAGGAGGAGGAGGACCGGGUAACAAGGUCGGCGACUCCGGAACGCAGACCCAGACCCAGACUCAGACGCAUGCCCAGACGGCCAUUCAUAGUCCCUCUAACCCUGGUGCUGGUGCUGGUGCUGGUGCUGCUGGACAAGCGAGCUUUGCAGAAAGGGCAGACGAAUUCUUCCGUCGACAGGAGGAGGAGAGGAAGCGGACGAAGGACGAGAAGAGUGAGAAGGAUCAGCACGCGUCAGGGACACGGAAAGACGAGUUGUAGUCUCUUUUCGCUAGAGGUGGGCUGUAUCUGAUAUCUAUCUGUCUGUCUGUCAAUUGGGACCGCGUCAAUCUCAUUACAUAUGUCUCUGCUUUGCUUCAAGCUGUCUAUCCACUAACUCUUACCCCUUCACUCCUCUUCUUCGCUCACACCUCCUCCCCUCCUUCUUCUUUCCAAAAGCGACUCUC